UUCUCAUGGCCGAUGUCAAAGAGCAGACGGAUGGGCCUGCGCCUAACUCAUCCCCCGCCUUCGACGUCUCCCUUCUUCCGGACUACGACGACGACUUCAUAAACGAACCAGACUUUGAUGAGUUCACAAGAGCCCUCGCCGCCCCGGAGAACUCCCCCUCGACCGACGAUCUCACCGCCCCUCCGCCCGAGCCAAGGACCUUCAUAACCGCCCUCAACGACUGGCGGCCCAUACACCAGCGCGUUCGGAGACGGAAGAAGCAGAAGAAGUCGCCGCGGCGAGGCAAAGACGAGACGCGGGAAGGCUUUGUGUAUAUCUUGCUCAAAUGGCCUCUUCUCAUUCUCGUGUUUGGCUGGCUGAUCUUCCUCGGCAUAUCUUACUUGCUCACGCGAGUGUACAUCUAUCUCUAUGAACAUUGGAUCACAUGGCGCGGCCGGCGAGAGCGAUUACGGAAGGCGCUGCAGAGCACACAAACAUAUCAGGAAUGGGUCGACGCUUCAAAGGCGCUCGACGCUCACCUCCGCAAUGACGCGUGGAAAAAGGUGGAUGAAUACGCGUACUAUGACAGCAAGACCGUUCGGAGAGUGACAGACCAGAUGGUCAAAUUGAGGACUCGGAUUGAGGCUGGCCAAGACUCUCAAAGGGCUAUAGAGGAACUCCGAGGGCUUCUCGAAGCAUGCGUCAAGAAUAAUUUCGUCGGAUUUGAGAACCCGAGGCUAUACAGCGAGACCUACUAUGGAACGAAGAACUUGGUUCAGAGCUUUGUGGACGGACUGGAAGCGUCGCUAGAGCUUCUCUCUCGAACAGACUUGCUAGAUCAGGAUAGCAAGCGGGCCAUGUUUAAGCACCUAGGGACUAAUUUCGGACGCACUGCCCUCUGUCUUUCUGGAGGUGCUACAUUCGCAUACUAUCACUUCGGUGUCGCGAAGGCGCUUUUGGAUGCCAAUCUAAUGCCCGAGGUCAUCACCGGCACUUCAGGAGGAGCUCUUGUGGCUGCACUCUUAGCUACAAGGACGGAUGACGAACUCAAACGGCUUCUAGUGCCCGCUCUCGCCUAUCGUAUCACUGCUUGUCACGACGACACUAUAACAUGGAUCAAACGCUGGUACCGUACUGGGGCCCGUUUUGACAGUGUUGACUGGGCGAAGCGAUGUUCAUGGUUUAGUCGAGGAAGCAUGACUUUCCGAGAAGCCUAUGACAGAACGGGGAGGAUCCUGAACGUGUCUUGUGUACCUUCUGAUCCUCAUUCUCCGACCAUUCUCGCAAACUACCUGACAUCUCCCGACUGUGUCAUAUGGAGCGCAGUGUUAGCAUCAGCUGCAGUACCAGGUAUCUUGAACCCCGUCGUGCUCAUGAAGAAGAACAAAAACGGCACGUUGGCCCCGUACUCCUUCGGCCAUAAAUGGAAAGACGGGUCUCUGCGGACAGAUAUUCCCUUAAAAGCAUUGAACCUCCAUUUUAACGUUCGAUUCAGUAUUGUCAGUCAAGUCAAUCCUCAUAUCAAUCUCUUCUUUUUCUCUUCGCGUGGCUCUGUUGGCCGACCUGUAACUCACAGGCGCGGGCGAGGCUGGCGAGGCGGCUUUCUAGGGUCUGCAACGGAGCAGUAUUUGAAGCUGGACUUGACAAAGUGGCUCAAGGUUCUACGACACCUUGAGCUACUACCGCGGCCUUUAGGACAAGACUGGAGUGAAAUUUGGCUCCAGAGAUUUAGCGGCACAAUAACGAUAUGGCCGAAGUCCAUCCCAUCCGACUUCUACCACAUCUUGUCAGACCCCUCACCCCAAAGACUGGCCCGAAUGAUUCACGUUGGGCAACAAUCCGCGUUUCCAAAACUCAAGUUCAUCGCAAAUCGUGCCAAGAUUGAGCGUCUAAUCCAAGAAGGCCGCCGAGCUACCAGACCCGCUCGAAACCAAGAUGGAACGCUCAUGAAUGUUCUAUCGGAAGACGAUCUCCAAAGCAUUCUUCGCACAUCCAAACGCGGGAGAGGUAACACUACAUUGUCCGCAACCUCAUCUUCCUCGGACUCUCCACGCACACGUCCUGGCUCCCCUGUGGAUCUUCCUCUUGGCUUCUCCUUCACCAAAGCCUCUGAUCGGGGCAAGACGACUGCAAUCUCACCUGGAGGUAGCACCUCACGACCUAAAGACGCUGAUGACCAGCAACCGCCAAGCCCAAGUCUCAGCAAACGCAUUACAGGCUGGUGGUCCUCUAUCGCACCUCCCACCCGUGAGCGCAAUCGUCCACGUGGUCUAUCCCGAAAGUCUAGCCGCCAAGCUCACGGCCAGGCUGCACAUUCCCCGUACGGGUAUGCCGACCGACCAACGUCGAUGUUCGAGCUGCGUCCGCCACGCGAAGAAACACUGGAGGAAUUGUAUGCCCGGACUGGCGCAUCGCCAAAACAUAAAAGACAGGGCAGUCUGUUGAAGGAGAUAAAGCGACAGAGCAGAGUCUUCGUAGACGACAGCACCACUGACGACGACGACGAUGAUGAUGAUGAUGAUGAGUAUGAAAAGAAGCGGGCUAGUGGGAGCUCAGGUCGACCCAGGAGGUCGAAUAGUGACGCUGAAGGCGGUGCCGAGUUCAAAGGCUCCAAUGACUAUGUUAGCGACGCUGGCGACGAGCUCGAGGACGACGAGAGAGACAGUGACGGAGAACCUGAGGAUGAAGCGACACAGCAGUUCUUAGGGAGUGGAAAGGGGGGGGACCAGAGGCACGAUCAUUGGGUGGAUCUGGUUCCAGAAGCGAGGCAUUGACAGCGGCGUAUUGCAUAUUGCUCUUCUGAUGGGGCCGGAAAAGGCCAUGAAGCAGCCGUCUCAGGGCUUGUACUACCAAAUUAUAUGUUAGAUAUCUAUCAAAGGCAGUAUUGGAGAUUUUGUUUGGCCACAUGAGGGUCCUGCUUCGCUUCCUACUCUGUAUGAAGCACAUGCAAAACGAAACAUAACACUCGAUUAGAGCGAACGCGUCCAAUCACGUAGCUCGUACCGAUAAUUCCAUG